AUGGCGCGAAUUGCCGAAGUAUUAAGGCAGAUAGGUGCAGGUACACAAUCCCUCGCUAUCCAUAUGUCAGAUCAACCAAAAUCUGUCCUUGAGAAAAUCCCAAGCUUAAUCCCUCCACCGGGAACAGUAUCAAAUUUUCAGCACCGAGCAUCCAGACGAGAAAGCGUCAUAGUGGUUUCUACCUUAUUAAUGACUCCAGGAUCCAUCUGUAUAUGUAUUCGGGCGUGGGCCAAAUUUGUGACUGUUCGUCCAGUAAAAUUACUUUGGAGUGAUUUGACUAUUUCUCUAAGCUUUCUUUUGGCGAUAGCUGCAUAUGUCACUACAAUUUUAACCGUUACCCCUGGAGGGAUCACUGGUUACCACCAAUAUGACGUUCCCCUGUCCGCAAUAUUUACUAACCGCAGCAUAAUUUUCAUGCUUUUAUCACAAUGCUCACUCAAAUGUAGCCAUUGA